GCCUCCUCCGGUAGCAUCGCAGCGAUCACGGACACACGGCGGUGGAAAGAUGGUCGCGGUGCAGACAUCCCCCAACUCGUCACCAUUAGCGGAAUGGAUCUGUUGCCUGGAUAAAAGGCCCUCGGAGCGUUCAGGAGAAGAUGUAGACAUUAUUCUGACCAGACUGAGAGAGGUCAAAGCCUUCCAGAGGUUUCCACCUCCGCUCCUACUGCAGAUCUGCGCCUGUGCCUUCUAUGAGUGCCUGGAGAAAGGCAUCACAUUGUUUCGACAGGGUGAUAUAGGAACCAGCUGGUAUGCUGUCCUAUCUGGCUCUUUGGAUGUCAAAGUUUCCGAAACUGCAAACCACCAGGAUGCUGUCACCAUCUGCACACUGGGGAUCGGGACAGCGUUUGGGGAGUCCAUCCUGGACAACACACCACGUCACGCUACCAUCGUCAGCCGAGAGACCAGCGAGCUGCUCCGCAUUGAGCAGAGGGAGUUUAAGAGCCUCUGGGAGAAGUAUCGUCAGAGCUUGGCUGGACUGUUGGCCCCUCCUUAUGGAGCGAUGGAGAGUGGAUCCAACAAUGACAGACUCACGGACAAAGACAACAUGAAUUCAGACUCAACAAACAAAGCUCACAACAAGGUUCCUUCCGAAAAGCUGCAGAGGGCGGGGAAGGUGCUCCGUAAUGCCAUCCUGUCCAGAGCCCCUCACAUGAUACGCGACAGGAAAUACCACCUCAAGACAUACAGACAAUGCUGUGUAGGCACAGAACUGGUGGACUGGUUGGUGCUACAGAGUGCCUGCGUGCUAACACGCUCCCAUGCUGUUGGGAUGUGGCAGGCACUGCUAGAAGAGGGAGGGCUCAACCAUGUGGACCAGGAGCUGGGCUUUCAGGACAAAUACCUGUUCUACCGCUUUCUUGAUGAUGAGGAGGAAGACACACCGUUGCCUAGUGAGGAGGAGAAGAGGGAGAGUGAGGAAGAGUUGCCAGAGACCAUCCUCUUCCUUGCUCAGAUUGGCCCUGAUGCUCUGCUGCGCAUGAUCCUGAGGAAAUCGCCUGGUCAGAGGACAGGGGACGACCUCGAGAUCAUCUAUGAUGAGCUGCUUCACAUCAAGGCCUUAGCUCACCUCUCCAACACCGUGAAGAGAGAACUGGCGAGCGUUGUGAUCUUUGAGUCCCAUGCAAAAGCUGGAACAGUGUUGUUUAACCAAGGAGAGGAGGGAACAUCCUGGUAUAUCAUCCAGAAGGGUUCUGUCAAUGUGGUUAUUUAUGGCAAGGGUGUGGUGUGCACACUCCAUGAGGGGGAUGACUUUGGGAAGUUGGCCCUGGUUACAGACUCACCUCGUGCUGCCUCCAUUGUCCUGAGGGAGGACAACUGUCACUUCCUGCGCGUCGAUAAGGAGGACUUCAACAGGAUACUCAGGGAUGUGGAAGCCAACACAGUGCGCUUGAAAGAGCAUGAACAACCCGUGCUUGUGUUAGAAAAGAGUCCUCGUGCCUCCACCCUGGGAAGCAUCAAGUACAAUGUUAUUUCAGGAACACCAGAGAAGAUUCUCGAGCACUUCCUGGAGACCAUGAGGAUGGACAUACAUCACAGUGAACCAGACCCAGCAGUGGAUGAUUUUGCCCUCAUGCACUGUGUCUUCAUGCCAAACAGCCAGCUGUGCCCUCUCCUAAUGGCACACUACCAUGCUGCAUCUCCACCUGGCUCUGAACAGGAGAGGUUGGAGUACGCAAUCAACAAUAAGAGAAGGGUCCUCAUUCUUGCCCUGCGCUGGGCCAACACUAACUCGUACCUGCUACAGGAGGAGCCUGCUACAAUCUCCUUCCUCGAGGAGUUGUACGGGAGUGUAUCAAAUGAUUCUCGGAUGUUGAGAGCUUUGAAAGACCUGGUCCCUGACCUUGAGAAAGUCGUCAAAUUACACUCAGAAGAAGCCAAAGCCACCAAAAAGAAAACCCUCAUAAGACAGUUUAGCAAUGGAGAGGAAAGACUGCAGAAGAAGCAGCCAAUUAGGAAUCAAGAUGACAUAUUACUGAAGGUGUACUGCAGUGACCAGACUUACUCGACAAUCCGGAUCACAGUGGCAGCGACAGGAAAAGAAGUCCUUAGUGCUGUCGCUGACAAACUCGGCACCACUGAUGAGCUCCUUUUGGUUCACCUCAGCUCUUCAAAUGAAAAACAAAUCCUGAAGCCCAACGAUGUGUCUGUGUUUUCUACUCUGAGCAUCAAUGGCCGGUUAUUUGCCUGUCCCAGAGACCAGCUCAACAAUAUAUCUCCUCUCCCAGACCAGGAAGGCCCCACUGCAGGCUCCAUGUCAACUUUUGAGCUGAUGAGCUCUAAGGACCUCGCUUACCAAAUGACCAUGUUUGACUGGGAGCUUUUUAGCUGUGUGCAUGAGCAUGAGCUGCUCUACCACACGUUUGGCCGGCAGAAUUUUAGGAGGACCACGGCCAACCUGGACUUGUUUCUGCGGAGGUUUAACCAGGUCCAGCUGUGGGUGGUCACAGAAGUUUGCCUGUGUGGACAGCUCAGCAAGAGAGUCCAGCUACUGAAGAAGUUCAUCAAGAUAGCUGCACACUGUCGGGAAUUCAAGAACCUGAAUUCCUUCUUUGCCAUUAUCAUGGGGAUGAGUAACCCUGCUGUGAGCAGGCUGAGCCAGACGUGGGAGAAACUCCCUACCAAGUUUAAGAAGUUUUAUGCUGAGUUUGAAAGUAUGAUGGACCCCUCAAGAAACCACAGAUCUUACCGUCUCACUGUCACCAAACUGGAACCCCCAAUCAUCCCCUUCAUGCCCCUCCUUCUUAAAGAUAUGACGUUUACACAUGAAGGCAACAAGACCCUGAUUGACAAUAUGGUCAAUUUUGAGAAAAUGCGUAUUAUUGCAAACACAAUUCGGCAAGUGAGGCACUGUAGAAGCCAAGCAUUCAAUCCGGACAUAUGCCAGCCCAACAAGAACCAGGCAGAGGUUCGGGGUUAUGUUAGAAAGCUCUGCGUGAUCGACAACCAGAGGGCGCUGACUCAGCUCUCCUACAGGCUGGAGCCUCGACGGACAUGAGCUCCAGAUCUUCCACCACCAUCGCCUUCUCUGUGACGUUAGCAUAAAAAAUUCACACACACAUUACAUGGAUUUAAUAACCAACACAGCUGGUUGUACAGUAGCAAAUCACGACAGUCAAUGACUCCAUCAUGGACUCUGACGGAUCAAGGACUUAUACUGUGCCAUUAAAAGCCUCUUCUUCCUGGUCAGGAUGAGUUCAGCUGCUCUCGUUGCUGUGUCUCAGCCCCCUACAGACUGAGGGCUGUAACUGUACUAAUUGUUACUGUUUGGGACCUGUUAGAUAGAACUGUAAUGUAUAGAACUUGAAUCAAUAUCCUGCAUGACUGAACUUCAUAGGCUCUGUGUUCUAUACAGUGGAUUUCUAUCAGAGUGUCCUGUGAUGUUGUGCCACCCAAGACGAGCCCUAGUUUACAAAACAUGACUGUACCUGCCUGUAAAUCAAACCGUUCUCCUGAUGGUCUUCAUCACAGAGGGAAACACACAUAAAACCUUUGUAGCCUAGACUCUUCAUUACUUCUUUGGAAUAUACACAUAAAUAUCAAAUCUGAAAGUGCUUAUUUCAUAAUCUACAUGAUUAUAUCCAAAAUAUUUAAAAUUCUUAGGAUUCAAUGUAUUUUAGGUGAACACCAGUGUCCUACAAAUACUAAGACACUUCAAAACUACUUAACAGUAUUAGUUAAAUGUAAGUUCUAAUGUACGGAAGCCCUAAGUGGACAUACAUUUUAUUCACUCCUUUUUCUCAUAACAAUAACUACCAUAAAAUCCAGAAUAGAAGUUGCACUGGGAUCCAUGUGGGGUGUGUUCCAGAGAGAUAUGAAGUUGAAAUCACCUGUCCUGUGUGAUGAUUAGUAUAGAGUUUGCAACAGAAAUGGUAUUUUAGCUCUCAGUUUCUGUUUAUGUCUUUUCAAUCAAACCAGCCACAGGAAUAUGACUCAAUGGAGGAGAAAAGCUGUUAAAAAGUAGCAAUAUGGACCCUCAGUUCCCUCAGUAUCUGAGCUUCCACUACACAAAGAAUAUGGGGAUUUUAAAUCAUGUUUAAGCUUUUCAGAAAUAAAAAAAGAAAAAUUGCAUAUUUUGGCAAACACAUUUUUUCUAUUUAUAAUGUAACAAUAAGUUCUACCAGAUUUAUGAACAUGUUUGUUAAAAAAGAAAAGCAAUUGCAAGGACUACAUAAUUAAUACAAGUGACAUAAUAGAUAACUAGAAAAGCACUCAGAGAGCGCAGACCUCCGCCAUUAGCCCUAUCUCCCAGUAGUAAAGAAUCCUUUAAAAAA